UCUAUCCACGGGCACAGACAAGAGUGAUAUCGCAAGCCGCCUCCAAGAAAAUUGGAGUUGCUUUACAGCUGAAACGUAAGGAAGUGGAAUUUUGCCUGGAAGACAAAUGAGCACCAUAUUCAAGUGCAUGCGUGAUGGCCGAUUCGUGAGGAAAUGUUAGCAGCAACAGCAUCAAUUGUGCAGUGACAGUGUGACGCACGGACGAAUGGUAAACGCCCUGAAAAAUCAAUCUAGUUGGCGAGAGGAGUAAGUGUGUGUUCUCGUAGCCCGGAAAAAAGGUGUCUUCUCGGCACAUCGUAGUGUUUGGGCAGAAUCCCCGACGUGGUCCGGGGAGGGGUGGAUCGAUCGAUCAAACACCUUCCGCGUUGCUUUUUCAUCCCUUCGGCAGUGCGGUACCGCUGGCUAUACCGAAGGUCCGAGAUCGUUGUCUCGGAUGUCUCCGGGUGGCAGCAAACGGAAACUGGACGUACGGCUGUUCCUAUGGGGUCUUUUUCUGCUGCAAAUCUCGCUUAUCUGUCUGUUUCUGCUGUUCGGGACGUUGCUCGUGUCCACCGCCGUGGACGAUACCAAUGGCCAGACAGUUGAGCAGCCGAUGGUCGAAAACGAUGGGCACGGACAGCGUAAGGCAGGACACCCGCUAUCCGAUUGGUCCCCGUUUGGAGUACGUUUCAUCCCCAAUCGAACGUCGACGGCGGCAUUGGUGUCGUCGGAAAAUGAAGCAGCAGCAGCAGCCGCCGAACAGGGCAACUCGAUUCAUCUGCACGAGAGACAACCGUGGGUAUCUCAAGGCGACGUGCUUGACGACAGUCAGCUGUUGAAAAGGAAACAGCUGCACCCAAGGCAUCCAAAAUAUCGACCGUGGAUUCAGCGGGUGAUAUCACGACCAGAGCGAAUGGAGAAAUAUUUCAGGACAAUUUCCUUCGUUGACUGGCAUGGCAUUCGCAAACGACGGUUGUGCUUCAUCGAAGGCACCCGUGGUAGCGCACAGGUGACUUCGAUGGAUCAACAGAGGAGUAAAGGCAGCAACAAUGAGACUGAACUAAUAGAUACAGGAAAAGAGGACGUAGUAGACAAUGCAAAAGAGCUUAAGAAAGGGAAUAAGAAGUCGGCAGCGGCUCCUGACGCAGCAGUGUUAGAUACCGAUGGAAGUGUUGUGACGAUGGGAGAGGACGCUAUUAGUCGAUGCCGCUGCAAUUCCCAGUGGCACGGUACCGACUGUGGCCAACCGGAAGUGAUCUGGCGAGCAUUCAUUACCUCGAAGAUUCCGCCACGCGACCAGAUGGCCGUUCCGCGAACCGUCGCACGAAACGUCUUCUACAUUGUCCAGAGUACGUUCAUCAGUGUGGAAGUGCUCGAAAUUCAGCUGAUGGAGCUAGCCGAGCAGGUAAGUCUGUUCGUUCUCUGCGAUCAGACACGAGAUCCUAGCGAACCGCCAUCGAAGGAUGUUUCCAUCGCGGAUCACCUGGAAGAUACCGAUUUUCUGCGAACCCUUCGCGAUCGAUUACUCAUCGUGUCGGACGCAACAUGCAGCGGGAGGAAUGUGUUUCGAAAGCUGCAAAAGUAUACGGCAAAAGAAUCGAUUCGAUCGGACGACAUUGUGCUGUUGAGCGCAGCAGACGAGAUAUUGAACCGAAAAGCGGUAGCAUACCUCCGGUGGUACGACAACUGGCCACAACCGGUGCGGUUUCGCUUGAAACACAAUGUGUAUGGCUUUUUCUGGCAGCAUGCAUGCAACCGUACCGUCAUCGGCAGUGCAGCGGUGCAGGUGGGGAUGCUACGAGAGGUUUACGGGUCUGAUCCGGAUCGUCUAUUAGCGAUCGAGAAGCCGGUAAUGUUGAUCGGUGAUUUAAACCACUUUGGUGGAUGGUACUGCCGAAGAUGUUACCAACCGGGCUCGAUAGUACAGUACUUUGAACAUCGCGCCGGCUUAUUGUCCACCGUGCCACGGGCCGAGAAAGCGUUAGGGAACAAGAAGAGCGAGCCUCUGCUCUUCCUACCCGAUCCCAAGCGGACGAAGGUGUUGAACGAAGAGUACGUUCAGCAGGCAAUCGCCAGCGGAAAGGAUCUCGAAGAUGAAGAGCGCGCACUGGAGCGCUUAAGUCGCCGAACGGACAAGUACUAUCAGCCAGAGUACGUGCGGGACAACGGUUGGAAGUUCGAUAACAUCGUACUGAAUCUAUUUGCCCGCUGGGAUGAUAAUCUGGCAGAGGACGAUUACUUUAGCUAGACACUAACUCUCUGUGUGGACUCUUCUUCCUUUGGUUGUGUACCUGAGUCGCGUGGGAAGGAAGAGGUGUUGUCGCGCAAUGCAUAAAUUAAACGAUAUCUUCCAUCUCCUACUAAGGCAAGGCCAAUCAUCGAUAACCGACAUGAACAACACAUCACAUAAUCAUCGCAAACUCGCUCCUACUAAAGCAACAACUAGUCAAAUAUUUGUAUCGCUUCAAACCAAAACAUAGAUGAACCCUUGGAAUCUCGGAUCGAUAGCAUAAUCAUUAACAUUAUCAUCGCCAUCGUUCAUGACCGUCGUAUACGAGACGGUGCCAAUGCACACACUACCUAUAUACAUACAGCACCGAUCCACGAAGUCAGGGAAAACACCAGAAAAUGCGAAAUGAUAGUUCUCUAUCCUCUGGAUUCAACUCACAAGUAAUAUAAACUGAUGUAUGCGCUGAUAAACAGUACUAUCAAUAUUUAUAUAUACACACAAAUGUAGAACAAUAGACAGAACGAUAACGUUAGCGAACAGAGCGGAUCUGUUCCCAUUGGCAUAGAAAAGGAAACGGAUUAGUGAAUGUGACACCAAGUAUUCAGUAGCCCAAUCCAAUCGGACUGUGUGACUUAAUCAGGGGAAAAGGCAUUAGCCUUCAUUAUCGUUUGUAGCCUAGUUGCAGUGUACUCUUCUGAAUCACACAUGGAAUGGCGCUUUGGAGAGUAAAAUCAUCACGACAGAG